AUAAUAAGCAGAAUAUACGCCUUAAAGAAGUUAGAAAGAGUGAAGAAUUGAAGAACCUUCUCUGACAGUACUGGGUUCCUGAAAUGUGCAGGAGCUCUAGUAACUCAGAGAUGGUAGCUUCGAAGAAAACCACGUUAGAAGAGGUUUUGGACAUUGAGACCAGCAUGUGUCGGUCUCAGUGGGUGUUAAAUCCUCCAGAUCCACCCUCCAUGCCGCGUCAGGUCCUCGACAACGUCAAGGACAUCCUCUUACCGCAUCCUCAACCAAACACAUUCUCUUCUCUCAGGAACCAGCCCUUUUCCAAACGCGCUUUUGCUUUCUUCCAAAACUUGUUUCCCAUUCUUGCUUCAUUCCAAAACUACAAUGCUCAAAAGUUAAAGUGCGAUUUCAUGGCCGGCCUAACCCUUGCAAUCUUCGCCAUUCCUCAGUGUAUGGGAAAUGCAACAUUGGCGCAGCUAAGUCCAGAAUAUGGCCUCUAUACAGGAAUUGUACCACCUCUUAUUUAUGCUUUGCUAGCGAGUUCAAGGGAAAUAGUGAUUGGACCUGGAUCUGUAGAUUCACUGCUACUUUCUUCAAUGAUUCAGACAUUGAAAGUUCCAAUUGAUGGUUCUAAUGGAUACACUCAACUUGUUUUCACUGUGACAUUUUUUGCUGGCAUCUUUCAAGUUGCAUUCGGCCUCUUUAGGUUUGGUUUCCUGGUGGAAUAUAUUUCCCAAUCGACGAUCUUAGGGUUCUUAGCAGCAGCUGCUGUGGGCAUUGGACUACAACAAUUGAAAGGAUUAUUUGGGAUCGUUAACUUUACCAACAAAACUGCUUUAUUUUCCGUGCUCAAAUCUCUUUGGACAUCCUUCAGAAACCAAUCAGCGUGGCAUCCCUACAACUUCGUCAUUGGAUUCUCAUUUCUGUGCUUCAUCCUAUUAGCCAGAUUCCUGGGUAAAAGGAACAAGAAACUGAUCUGGUUGUCACACGUUGCUCCUCUUCUUUCAAUUAUCGUAUCCUCUAUCAUUGCGUACAAAAUAAAUGUCGACGAGGCUCAUGUGAAGGACUACAGAGUUGAAGUGUUGGGACCAAUUAAAGGAGGGGGUAGCUUGAAUCCAAGCUCAUUCAAUCAGUUAACAUUUGAUACCAAAGUUGUCGGUCAUUUGAUCAGAAUAGGCUUGACCAUUGCUAUUAUUUCAAUCACGGGAUCGAUUGCUGUUGGACGAUCAUUUGCAUCUCUAAAAGGACACAGCAUUGAUCCGAACAGAGAAGUGGUAUCAUUGGGCAUAAUGAACAUUGUUGGAUCCUUAACUUCUUGCUAUAUUGCAUCAGGGUCUUUGUCACGUACUGCUGUAAACUACAAUGCUGGAUCAGAAACAAUGGUGUCGAACAUAGUGAUGGCACUGACGGUGCUGUUGUCGCUUAAAUUUUUGACAGGACUUUUGUAUUUCACUCCGAAAGCAAUCUUAGCAGCAAUAAUUCUGUCGGCUGUACCAGGACUGAUUGACCUAAACAAAGCGUCUGAAAUUUGGAAGGUUGAUAAAAUGGAUUUCCUUGCUUGUGCUGGAGCCUUCUUCGGCGUCUUGUUUGCAUCUGCAGAAAUAGGCCUUGCAGUUGGGAUAACGGUUUCAUUCGCGAAGAUAAUUGUAACCUCAAUUCAACCUGCUAUAGCGGUUAUUGGAAGGCUUCCAGGAACCGAUUCAUUCGGCGAUGUUCAACAGUAUCCAAUGGCACUCAACACUCCCGGAGUUUUCAUCGUCUCUCUAAAAUCUGCAUGGCUUUGUUUUGCAAAUGCAAAUCUUGUGGAAGAAAUGAUUGAGAGAUGGAUGACCGAUGAAAAAGCUUAUAAGCAUGGCAGACCAGGACAAAACACAUUCCAUCACCUCAUCAUAGAUGCCUCAAGUCUUACCAACAUUGACACCACUGGAAUUGCUUGUCUGGUAGAGCUCAAUAAGAAUAUGGCUUCACGCGGAAUAAAGUUAGCUAUCGCUAACCCUAGGUGGCAUGUAAUUCACAAGCUAAGAUUAGCUAAUUUCGUCAGCAAAAUUGGAGGAAGGGUUUUCCUUUCUGUGGUGGAAGCAGUGGAUGCUUGUGUUGCGACUAAAAUGGUUGCUGUAUGACCAACAACAAUUGGUUUUCUUUUGUUUUCUUUUUAUCUCCAGCAAAUG